CCUCCAGGAAGUAGAGAAACAUCAACAAUCCUUCCAGGUUCAGGCUGGAGCGAAGUGUCAGUGUAGUCCAACAGCGAGGUAGCCGAGCCUCAUUUACUCUGGUAUUACGGGGAUUUGUUUAUUUUUUGAUAAAUAGUGUGUUGUAGUUUUCCAAAUAUGUCGCUGUUUGGUAAGAUAUUUGGAGGAGGAGGAAAAGGAGGUAAGGGACCGAGCCCACAGGAGGCGAUCCAGAAACUCCGAGAGACGGAGGAGAUGCUAACGAAGAAACAGGAAUUUCUGGAGAAAAAGAUCGAACAGGAGCUGCAGAUCGCCAAGAAAAAUGGCACAAAAAACAAACGAGCGGCUCUGCAAGCUUUGAAAAGAAAGAAGCGUUACGAGAAGCAGCUCGCUCAGAUUGAUGGCACGCUGUCAACCAUUGAGUUCCAGAGGGAGGCUCUGGAGAACGCCAACACCAACACUGAAGUGCUCAAGAACAUGGGCUUUGCUGCCAAAGCCAUGAAAUCUGCCCAUGAAAACAUGGACAUUGACAAAGUGGAUGACUUGAUGCAGGACAUUACAGAGCAGCAGGAGCUGGCCCAGGAAAUCUCAGACGCCAUCUCUAAACCUGUUGGUUUUGGAGAAGAGUUUGAUGAGGAUGAACUGCUGGCGGAGCUGGAUGAGCUGGAACAGGAAGAGCUGGACAAAAACCUGCUGGAGAUUGGGGGACCAGAGAAUGUCCCCUUGCCCAAUGUGCCUUCUUCUUCAUUACCUUCCAGACCUGCCAAGAAAGAGGAGGAUGAGGACGACAUGGAGGACCUGCAGCGCUGGGCAAUGGAAGCCAUGUAAAUGCAGCAACUGCCACAUCAUACCUGCUUCAGAGAGGGAAGAGGAAGGAGCGAGGAGGGAAUGAAUGGACUGAUAUUAUGUUGUGUGUGAGUGUUUCUGUGUGUCUGAGGAGAGCUGACUGUCUACUUUAUGUAACACUACAAAAAAGCAAAAAUGCUGUAGUCUCUCUUUUUCCGUCCCCUUCACCACCUAAACCCAGAAACCCCCCGUCGCUCAAUGAAAAUGAGUGAGUCGGGGGCUUUUAUAUUGAAGCUCUAUCACUGUACCUUGGCAAAGUUACCUAAUAUUUUUACCCUCGAUUUUAAUACAAUACUAGCACUUCAUGGUCCUUGUACUGGUCUGGGCUAUUUCAGUGCCCACUGAGCUUAUAUUGAAUGCAAUAUUAUGAGCUCUGUGGUGCGAUAAAGGAGUUGUUUUCAGAUUAGUGUUAUGGGCUCUGUGACAUGGUUAAUGUCACUGGAUGACAGGGGAAUAUUCAUGGGAGCUUAAUCCUCCAAAUAUCUGUUUCUGACUCAUAUUUACCUGUAUUUGUGGCGUUAAACUCGCUGGAUUUUUUUUUUCUUUUUCAUUUUUGAGAAAAGUAAUAAUCAAUUGCUCCCUUUUUUUUUUCUUUAGUUAUUGCUCUUGAAAAUAGGAGAGUACUGAGCAUGUGCUGGAUGAAGAGGCUAUGAGCUGUGUGUUUGCCAGAAUCAGAACCUCAUCUUUUGUUUCAGGCUGUGUGCUUUGUCCCCCCUCCCUCCCUACUCUUGUCGCUAUUCUGCGAGGCCCCCCCCCAAAAAAAAAAAACAAAAACAAAAACUCCCGCAAAUGCAUUAUCCCCAGUGGUACUUGUUAUUUGGUGUAAAUAUCCCAAAUAUGUCUCUUUUUAUAAAAUACUGUAUUUCUGCUGUCACAGAGAGGUUCUGUUGAGGUUGUGUGAAGCAUGCAACAAUGGGAAAUCACUAAAACAGAUAAUGCACAGCUAGAAAGAGAGAUGUUUAGCCUAAUACUUUCAUCCUGCUCUGUCUGUCUAAGUCCUCAUGAGGGUUUUUGUUUUAAAUUGUAUAAUGUUUAAAAAAAUAUAUAAUAAUAAACUAUUGUCACACCUUAUUAACUGCAUCCAGAAGGAGAUGGUGGUUUAAAAAAGAUUAUAGUCAAUCUACAACAUCAGCGAUUUGGAGUUUAAAGAGUUAAUUCCUUUAGUUUUUCAAAGUCAUGAUGUACAUUUUUUUACAUUAAAAAAAUAGAAAAACAUAACACAAGGACGAAUGGAGAAACAUGUUUGCAUUUCUAUGUUUUAUUUAUCCAGAUGAGAAUAUUAUUUGCAAAAUCAUUAAAGGUUUUCAAUUCUUU